CGUUGGCCGCGUUUCCCAACUAACAUUCAAAGGGGCUUAUAAACUCAACUAACGUUCAACGAAAACUAUCCGUCUCCUUCUCACCACCUUCUUCAUCACUAUAGACUUAAAGCUCAUCUAAAGUACGGACCUUGAUCCAUCUAACGUACCCUACCGUGACACGUGUCCGUUAGUGUCGGCGAGUCCUCAACGAACCGAACUGGUACGACCGAUACAUCAACGAGCCACAACCCAAAAACCCGGGUUCGGAUCAGCCCCGGAUCUCUUCCUAACUCCUUUACAAAGGCUCCUUUCUUCAAAUCGUUUUCAGAACUUCAGAUCUCUCUCACCGUGAGUACUACUUUGUCCCCUCAUGGGUUGACGACUAUAAUGGAGGUGAAAGAGAGUAAAAGAGUGGUAAUAGCAAAACCAGUUGCUUCAAGGCCUUCAUUCACUAGCAUCAGGACAUUCGCUAAUCUUUUAACUGAUUCAGUUACCGUACCUCCUCAUGAGACUGUAGACGCUGCUAUAAGACCAAAGACUCUGAGGUUUAAGCAACCAGCAGCAGCGGCAGCUUCGGUCUCAUGUCCACAGGUGGAAGGAAAUGACAAAGGAAAGUCUUGCGUUGAUUCAGAUACCAAAAGCUACGUUGUUUAUAAACCUAAAGCAAAGCUUGUUUCCCAAGCAACUGUCUCUGCAUUGGCUAAUAUGCUUCAGGGUAAUCAUCAACAGGUUUGGAGACAAAGCGAAGCAGUACCGUAUGGGAAGAGUGUGAGCCAAGGUACACGCCCUAACCUAGUCCCUAGGGUUCCAUCCUUUAAAGAAUCAGAGACAUCGGCUGGAGACAGAUCUUCAGUGGACGGAUACAACUGGAGGAAGUACGGACAGAAGCAAGUCAAAGGAAGUGACUGUCCAAGGAGUUAUUACAAAUGCACACACCCUAAAUGUCCGGUCAAGAAGAAAGUAGAGAGAUCAAUGGGUGGUCUGGUCUCAGAGAUUGUGUAUCAAGGUGAACAUAAUCACUCCAAACCGUCUUGUCCUCUUCCGCGGCGCGCUUCGUCAUCAUCCUCUUCAGGGUUUCAGAGACCACAAAGAGAGCUAGCUUCGGAAGGAUCAAUAGGACAAGACCCUAGUAAUGUUUAUUACCAUCCUCUUUGGAGCAAUCAAAGCAAUGACUCAUCUAAAAGCAUAGCAGAGAAGAUGAAUGACGGUUGUGUAAUAACACCAUUCGAGUUUGCUGUUCCAAGAUCAGCGAACUCUACUGGUGGGACUUCAGAUUCUGGUUGUAGAAGUAGUAGCCAGUGUGAUGAAGGAGAGCUUGAUGAUCCUAGCAGAAGCAAGAGAAGGAAGAACGAGAAGCAAGCAAGUCAAACAGGAGUAUCACAAAGCUCAGUGGAAUCAGACAGUCUUGAAGAUGGAUUCAGGUGGAGAAAGUACGGUCAAAAAGUGGUUGGAGGCAAUGCACAUCCAAGAAGUUAUUACAGAUGCACGAGUGCAAACUGCAGAGCUAGGAAACAUGUUGAGAGAGCGAGUGAUGAUCCAAGAGCUUUCAUUACAACCUAUGAAGGUAAACACAAUCACCAUUUGAACUUGAGACCUCCAACUUCGCCUACUCUUCCCUUUACCUCUACACAACAUUCUAAUCAAGCCAUUUGAUGAGUCCCCAUUGAUGCUUCUUCUUCAAUCUUCAUAGCACAUUUGAUUAAUCAAUCAAUUUCUUGUUUCCAUUGUGAAUUUAUUUUCUUUUACAUCAAAGUUGUAUGGACAAGAAGAUAAUUGUUAUUUGACAAACAACAGAAAAAAAAAAAAAGCAAAUAAAAAGAGUGUUUCAUUUUCAUUGUCACGAACAGAUCUUAGUACAUAAUCAUUUUGUGUAUUUCUUUUGUUAAGUAUAUUGGGUGUGAUUAGUAAAUAUUUUGCAGUAAUGUUGAAUGGUAUGUA